UUUUAUUGACUGAAUAGGCCCUAGGACAUCUCUUCGAAAAGACUCCUUGGUGUUCAAUAUCACUCCUGCAAUCAGAUUCUCUCUUCACAAUGGAUCUCAGUGCUGCAAGUCAUCGCAUACCUCUAAGUGACGGAAACAGCAUUCCCAUAAUCGGACUUGGUACCUACUCAGAACCUAGAUCAACCCCUAAGGGAGCCUGUGCAAUAUCGGUGAAGGUUGCUAUCGACAUAGGGUACCGACACUUUGAUGGGGCCUACGUCUACAAAAAUGAACACGAAGUUGGGGAGGCCAUCAGGGAGAAGAUAGCAGAAGGAAAGGUGCAGAGGGAAGACAUCUUCUACUGUGGAAAGCUAUGGGCUACAAAUCAUGUCCCAGAGAUGGUCCGCCCAAGCCUGGAGAGGACACUCAGGGUCCUCCAGCUAGAUUACGUGGAUCUUUACAUCAUUGAAUUACCCAUGGCCUUUAAGCCAGGAGAUGAAGUAUACCCUAGAGAUGAGAAUGGCAAAUGGUUAUAUCAUAAGUCAAACCUGUGUGCCACUUGGGAAGCUAUGGAAGCUUGCAAAGAUGCUGGCUUGGUGAAAUCCCUGGGAGUGUCCAAUUUUAACCGCAGGCAACUGGAGCUCAUCCUGAACAAGCCGGGACUCAAACACAAGCCAGUCAGCAACCAGGUUGAGUGCCAUCCAUAUUUCACCCAGCCAAAACUCCUGAAAUUUUGCCAACAACAUGACAUUGUCAUUAUUGCAUACAGCCCUUUGGGGACCAGUAGGAAUCCAUUCUGGGUGGAUGUUUCUAUUCCUCCUUUGUUAAAAGAUACACUUCUAAACUCAUUGGGGGAAAAGUACAAGAAGACAGCAGCUCAAAUUGUUUUGCGUUUUAACAUCCAACGAGGGGUGGUUGUCAUUCCUAAAAGCUUCAAUCCUGAAAGGAUCAAAGAAAAUUUUCAGAUCUUUGACUUCUCUCUCACUGAAGAAGAAAUGAAGGAUAUUGAAGCCUUGAAUAAAAAUGUCCGCUUUGUACAAUUGCUCAUUGGCUGCCAACUUUCCUUCAACACACUCACAUCCAGGGGGCUGUCCAGAGCUUCAGGAAAAGGUGCUGGCUAGAGGGAAAACACAGGAGAGCAGGUGGCGUGAUCAUCCUGAAUACCCGUUUCAUGAGGAAUACUGACUGCAGGGUGUUCCUGAACAGAUUUUUCGCUCCCACUAGUGCCAAGACUGUGGGAUGGGUAGUCCCCUGGAUGUGAAAAUGAAAGGGGUUUUACCAUCCUGAGGUGAAAUAAUGAUGGAAAUGUGUUUAACGUUUGUGUGGUGUCAGUGACUUUGAACUAGUCACAUUGAAGUAAAAAUAUUAAAAUCUGUUGAAAUAACUCUUAGGAAAUUAUCAACUAAUUUGUUUUUAGAUCAAUAUCUUCUAGGAUCCAGACAGAAAAAAUUAGACUUCAGAAAAGACAUCAAAGGCAACGUAUGAGAACAUGUAACUCAUGAAUCUGGGUAGUACCAUUGGUAAUCUGAGUUCUUUAAGAGUUAACAGAACAACAAAGUACAUGUGGCAGUGUGCUGGCAGUGGCCCUGAGGCUUUGGAUCAUUGGUUAUAAAACAGACAGAGCUAAGAUAAGAUCCGCACGUGCAUUAUUAACAAGGAAGUGAUUUGCUCCACCUUGAGUAGAGAGGUCUACCUGGAGAAGAGUCUUCAAACAGAGCUAAACACCACAGUGGUCAACAAAGCCAUCACGAUGUUGUUUGUUUCCAGCCAAUGUAUCUUUGUUUAGCUUUUAUCCAGCUUGAAGAAUGGAAACUUAAGCGGAUCUCUCUUGCAUCCUUAAAGGGCCUGAGCGUCAACAUGGCUGGUGAUGCAUAGUUACACAACUUACGAUCAGUCUUACCUAAGUUGAUUACAAAACCACUAUUAUGUGAAAAGGCUUGAAACAACCAACAGACACAAAUAAAACCCUGCCUUGUAAAAUAGUUCUCAGAUGGCUAUUUUAAAAGAAGGAUUUAAAAAGGAAACUUUGGGAAAUAUAUUGAAAGAAGGUGCUUUAUA